UGGCCCAGUUGGGGAGUGCGACCCACCUUUCCCUGGCCUCCUCGCCUCGCCACUUCGCCCGCCGCCUGCGCCUGCGCCGCCGGCGACCUCCAUCCCGUCCCCGCGCGAGCAGGGUCCCCGGCGACCUGCUGCUUCCUCCGCCGGUGAGCUCCGGUACCUAGGCACACAAUCCUCUCCAGUGUAACAGGAGAUGGUGGAGCAUGCCACUCUUGAAUCCUCUAAGCCGCGCGCCUUCCACCCACAUCCGCAGCUUAGCUCGUGUCCUACUCUCAUGCCUCCCCACCGGCGGCGACCGCCUCCGGCGUUUGAACCCGGCCAUCCAUGCCCGUGCCACCGUCGCAGGAAGACUCGACGACCUCUUCCUCACCAACCUGCUCCUGCGUGGCUACUCCAAUCUUGGCCGCCUCCGUGACGCCCGCCACCUGUUCGAUCGAAUGCCCCACCGGAACCUUGUCUCCUGGGGCUCGGUCAUCUCCAUGUACACACAGCACGGCCGCGACGAUUGUGCAAUUUCCCUCUUCGUGGCCUUCCAGAAGGCCUCUUGUGAGGUGCCCAAUGAGUUCUUGCUUGCCAGUGUCCUACGUGCGUGUACACAAUCUAAGGCUGUUUCGCUUGGCGAGCAAGUGCAUGGGAUUGCCGUCAAGUUGGACCUGGAUGCUAAUGUUUAUGUUGGGACUGCGCUUAUCAACUUAUAUGCAAAGCUUGGCUGCAUGGAUGAGGCAAUGUUGGUGUUUCAUGCACUCCCUGUAAGAACCCCAGUUACUUGGAACACAGUUAUCACAGGAUACGCUCAGAUUGGGUGUGGGGGAGUAGCCCUAGAGUUGUUUGACAGGAUGGGGAUUGAGGGUGUCCGUCCUGAUAGGUUUGUACUAGCAAGUGCUGUCAGUGCUUGCUCUGCACUUGGCUUUCUAGAGGGUGGUAGGCAAAUACAUGGUUACGCGUAUCGUAGUGCCACAGAGACAGAUACAUCAGUGAUCAAUGUGUUGAUUGAUCUAUAUUGCAAGUGCUCCAGACUGUCAGCAGCUCGGAAACUGUUUGAUUGCAUGGAGUACCGUAAUCUUGUGUCUUGGACAACCAUGAUUUCUGGUUAUAUGCAGAACUCAUUCAAUGCUGAAGCGAUAACCAUGUUCUGGAAUAUGACUCAGGCUGGCUGGCAGCCAGAUGGUUUUGCUUGUACAAGUAUCUUGAACUCAUGUGGCUCUUUGGCAGCAAUAUGGCAAGGAAGGCAGAUACAUGCGCAUGUCAUAAAGGCUGAUCUGGAGGCUGAUGAGUAUGUCAAGAAUGCUCUCAUCGACAUGUAUGCUAAAUGUGAGCAUCUAACUGAAGCAAGAGCAGUAUUUGAUGCCUUGGCUGAAGAUGAUGCAAUUUCAUACAAUGCUAUGAUUGAAGGAUACUCAAAAAAUCGUGAUCUUGCAGAAGCAGUGAACAUAUUCCAAAGAAUGAGAUUUUUCUCACUAAGACCAAGUCUAUUGACCUUUGUUUCACUCCUUGGGGUGUCAUCAUCUCAGUUAGCCAUUGAAUUGAGCAAGCAGAUUCAUGGCCUUAUUAUAAAAUCAGGAACUUCAUUGGACCUUUAUGCUGCGAGUGCUCUAAUUGAUGUGUACUCAAAGUGUUCCCUUGUGAAUGAUGCCAAGACUGUAUUCAAUAUGUUGCACUACAAGGACAUGGUCAUCUGGAAUUCAAUGAUUUUUGGCCAUGCACAGAAUGAGCAAGGGGAAGAGGCCAUAAAACUCUUCAACCAGCUUCUUUUAUCGGGUAUGGCACCUAAUGAGUUCACGUUUGUCGCACUAGUAACUGUGGCAAGUACACUAGCAAGCAUGUUCCACGGCCAGCAGUUUCAUGCUUGGAUCAUCAAAGCAGGUGUUGACAAUGAUCCGCAUGUUUCAAAUGCUCUUAUUGACAUGUAUGCUAAGUGUGGCUUCAUUAAGGAAGGGAGGAUGCUGUUUGAAUCAACAUGUGGGGAGGAUGUCAUUUGUUGGAACUCAAUGAUUACGACUUAUGCACAGCACGGUCAUGCUGAAGAAGCUCUUCAGGUUUUCCGGCUGAUGGGAGAAGCUGAGGUAGAACCUAACUAUGUGACCUUUGUCGGUGUGUUAUCAGCAUGUGCGCAUGCAGGUUUUGUGGGUGAAGGAUUAAACCAUUUUAACUCUAUGAAAUCAAAUUAUGAUAUUGAACCAGGCAUUGAGCAUUACGCUUCUGUAGUCAAUCUUUUUGGUCGUUCUGGGAAACUGCAUGCUGCCAAGGAGUUUAUUGAAAGGAUGCCAAUCAAACCAGCUGCAGCUGUUUGGAGAAGUUUGCUGAGCGCUUGCCAUCUUUUUGGCAACGCUGAAAUUGGGAGGUAUGCCGCUGAAAUGGCACUCUUGGCAGAUCCAACAGACAGUGGCCCUUAUGUUUUACUGUCAAAUAUUUAUGCCUCUAAAGGACUCUGGGCUGAUGUGCACAACUUAAGACAGCAGAUGGAUAGUUCUGGCACAGUGAAGGAAACAGGAUGUAGCUGGAUUGAAGUGACAAAGGAAGUUCACACGUUCAUUGUGAGAGGGAGAGAACACCCAGAGGCAGAACUGAUAUAUUCAGUACUGGAUGAGCUGACGAGUCUAAUUAAAAAUUUGGGUUAUGUUCCUGAUACUUCUGACCAUACUCUGUUGUGUGAGACUGGUUAAUCUAGUAAUCUACUUGUUAAGGCUUCUACACAGAUUUCAUUUGCCAGAGUGUCUUUUACUGACUGCAACUUUGAGUGAGAACCUAAAUGGCAAAUAUUUUUAGACCGAUCUAAGACUAACAGCUUAAGUGCUGUUUAUGCCUUUUGACCAGUGGUUUUGCACAUAAUAUCACGCUUGCUACAGACUUGUUCUUUGAGAAUGUUUGACAGACUAACUGGCAGAUAACCAUUAAACCUGAAGAGGUUUCCAGUGGUGGGGAUAGCACGGACCAAAAAUUAGAAGGAUCUGCAAGGUGUGGUAUGCCUGUAAUUGUUUUGCUGUAACGCCAUUUCAUUUAUUAGUAGAGUUCUUGCAACGACAUCUUUAUCAGUUUAUCUUCAUUCUGUUAUCAGUCCAUUUCUUUUUAGUUAAAAUUUUCUCACAUAAUUAUCAUUUAUACCUGAAGUUUUCAACUUGUGUCCUGACAAUGAGAUACACCUGUUGGGUGCCCAACGGAUAUCAACGAUGGUUCUUCAGGUCCACUUUCAUCAUUGUCUGCCCUUUAACUUGUCUGUGCUCCACAGGAUAUGACAUCCAGCAGAACUUUACCCUGGCAUUGUUUUAUUUUGUGUGACCACUGCCCAUGGGCCUAAAUGUAUUUCUAUUCAAGGGAAACCAGUUGAGAGGAAUGUUUGAAUAUACCUGAUGUUUUGUAAAUUUCCACUUAUAUCCACUCAUCACUUCACUUUUGUUCAUCAGUAAGAGAACAAGAAUAUGGGCAUCUUUUCAACAGGUACAUGUAGAAUAAUUUGGUGGAUGCUGAUUCUUUUAUCGGUGAUUUGCGGAAAAAGUCUUAUUAAUCGUAGUUACAUAUGGUUUAUCUUAGGUUAUAGCCAACGCACUAACAAUUUAAGUCUUAACUGCUUUGAGCUCUAUCUCCAAGGAAUCAAUAUAUUGAUAUGUCAAUAGUGGCAUGUUGAAUUGCAGCUACUAAGAUGGAAUGCCAGAUUGCCAGAACAUAUGUUUAACUGGAGUACACGGUGUAAGGAGGACAUUGUGGCUUGUUUCAACAUAAAUAUGGCACAAGUGCUGUGCUCAAGGGGAGAUGGGAAUUGGUACUUCUACCUCUGGUGCCUGGGUGGUGUCUUCUGUUUUGGUAGGUUGGGUCGUCUUGCUGGCUUGAUCACACUAGAGGCAGAAGACAGCAAUGCUCCCCUUGAUGCUCUUAAGAGAGUUGGGAAAUCUAUUGCAAUGCAUAUCGUUGCAACAAAACCAUUGUUUUUAUCAAAAGAACUGGUCUCCGCUUCAGCUGUUGAAAAUGAGAGGGGCAUACUCCGGACUCAAGUACCUUAUUCUGACAAAUGCUACUUUCUUUGCACCGGAAAAAUUUAGCAUCGCCGUAAUUCUAUAUAAUUAGCUUACAAUUGCAGAAAUGGACGUGUGCUUUACAUAUUAAGUGAGAUAUCAGGUAUCAUAAGGUCAUACCGUACGAAGUGUUAUGAUGUUAUCUUAACAGAACAACAGACAUGGGCAAUAAUGACCUAUAGUUGAGAGAAAAAUGCAUAUCUUGCGACAAGUCCUAACUCAUUAUAAUUAAAAGAAAAGGAAAGGAAACUGUUGACUCACAAUGGAAUUAGUAUUCCUGUCACAUCGUUUUAUGUUUAUGUAAGCAAGACAGCUGGGCUGUUAAAAUUCAGAGAUGAGCUAUGCAAUGGAACACAAUGUGAAUCACAUUAGAAGUUUAUGAUACCAGUUAUGUUUAUUUUUCCAUGAAUUAAAUAGCAAUAUCUUUUGUCAUCUUCUGGGGACACAUGGACUGCAUCCAUCCAGAAUAUGACUGAACUGCAUGCAAGUUAUGUGAGAUUUAAUGACAUGCUACUAUGAAACUUUUUAGGCUGAAAGCUCCAGGAAAUCCCAAAUGGCCAUGGAGAAAAUGGUGGAAGGCCGACUAAGAAAGUAUUUUGAAGAAGUUGUGCAUUUGGAGCAAAAAUGUUGACAACGAUAGCACAAACAUCAAGAGCGUCCUGAAUGAUUUGUCAAAGGAAGUUGGUGAAGGAGUUCAAAGGCCUGAUGAGUACACUGGGUCUGAAGCUACGGCUCGUGCUGCAUAGUUUUUGAGCUGGCAUGGAUCAAAUGUGAUCAUUGAGAUAUGUUGAGGUUCCUCUUCUUCUGAAGUUAGAUUUAUUAGUCUCCUGAGAACUGUACUACUUUUCCGCAGUUUGGCUCCAACAAUACGGUCAUAUUUUUCUACAAAUGCUGAAUCAAUUAGUUAGUUUACAAGUAAACUUUCUCCAGAGAGUAUUGUAACAAUUCAAAUUUAACGAAAUAAUGUUUGAUCUAAACAAACAAGGAAUACAAGGUCACGCUGACUCCUGCAAA